UACGCCCGACGAGGCGACGCGAGAGGUAAACAUGGCGGACAGCGACGGCGACAGUGAAGGCGGCAGUAUGUAUCCGUUGCACGAAAACGUAUUUCUAGGCGAUGUCCGUCGUGUUUCGGCACUCCUGAGGACGCACGACGUCGCGCAGAAGGACGUUCACGGAAACACGCCACUUCACUUGGCCGUCAUGCUGGGUCAGAAGGAGUGUGUGCAACUACUUUUGGCACACAAUGCUCCUGUCAAAGUGAAGAACAGUCAAGGCUGGAACUGCUUAGCAGAAGCUGUCAGUUACGGGGAUCGUCAGACAAUACUCUCCCUGUUACGGAAACUCAAGCAGCAGUCGCGGGAAGCAAUGGACUUCCGGAGGCCGGAUCUCGUGCGUAUUUUGGAACUCAUGGGGGAUUUUUACAUGGAGCUCAAGUGGGACUUCCAAAGUUGGAUACCAUUGGUCUCAAGGAUACUGCCGUCAGACAUCUGUAAAAUUCACAAAAAAGGAUCGAAUAUUCGGUUAGACACGACACUCGUCGACUUCAAUGACAUGAAAUGGGAGCGCGGAGACAUCACUUUCCUUUUUACGGGCAACGACAAACCGUCCAAGUCUCUAACAGUGCUGGACAACAAUCUGAAGGUCUACCAAAACGUCCGUUACGAGGAUACAGAAACCGAGAUUGAGGACGAGGUGGACAUACUGAUGAGCAGCGACAUUGUGGCCGGCCAGAUCUCAACGAAGACUGUGACGUUCCAGAGGGCACAGUCCGGCUGGCUGAUGCGGGAGGACAAAACCGAGAUGGUCGGGAAGUUUCGAGCAGAUUUCUACAGCAUCAAUGGCCUGACAUUCGAGUCUCGAAAAAGGAGGGAACACCUCACCGAGGAAGAUCUUCACAAGAACAGGGCAAUAAUCGAGAGCUUUACGAGAGGCAACGCGACAGUCCUAGAAAAUGCAGAGCCACAACGGAGAAAGUCACUGCCUCCGCCUCCACAAAGAGUCGUCACGUUUGAAGAUUACAUCUCGGCUACACCGGGAAACCCGCCCAUUCUGGGGCGAACGCCAGUCAGCAAGACAACUACCAAAGUUUUCAAGGCCACCCUGGCCAUGAGUCAACAUUUCCCCCUCACUGUAAAUUCCCUCCUAAAUGUGCUUGAAGUGAUAGCGCCAUUCAAACACUUCAACAAGCUUCGGGAGUUUGUACAGAUGAAGCUACCUCCCGGUUUUCCUGUUAAAAUAGAUAUACCCAUUCUACCUACGGUGACUGCCCGGAUCACGUUCCAGGACUUCGAGUUUCGGGACAACAUAGACGAUGCAUUGUUUGAAAUCCCCACAAAUUACUCAGAGGACCGCAACCGGUUCCCAGACUUAUGAUGCCUGGACGACUUGCUUUUGGUGACUCUCGAAGAACGCCACCGCAUCGUCAUGACGCGGCGACCCCGUCUGACCCCCUCCUCCCGCGUCGUCCGCCAUCGCCAUCGUCCCGUGUGCGUCGAAGUUGUCGCACUGGACAUUCCUGUCACGCUCGGUCAUGGCAGCACGUUCUCCUCGACAUUGUCUGUCGUCGUCGAUGUGUGACGCCUCCCCCUUUCUGGCUACCCUCGUCAUUCCCCUCAUACUUGCAGAAGCAAUUUCUAGAUGUGUGUCGGUGCUGACGUGCGAUGCCCCCAACACCAACCCGCCCCGCCCUUCUCCCACAAGGGUUAACUCAACCUGCCCUGGACAUUCCCAUCACAUUGACUCGCAGCCGCCCUUAUCUCCUCAACAUUGCCUGUCAUCAUUGACAUGUGGUGCCCCAGCAGGGUGAACUCAUCCUCUGUAUAUUCCCAUCACACUUAAUCGUAACAACUUUUUUCCUUGACCUUGUCUGUAAUCCUUAUUUGUGUCAACACUACUCCCCCCCCCCCCCCCCUCCAGCCUCCUCCCACUUUUCAGAGGCUGAGGUCUCACCUGUCCGUAUCCAAACACUCCUGCGCCACUUCAGAGGUGCGUAAGGACUCCUUUAGUUGUCCUCAUCGUCUGUCAAACACAUACCAUGUGGAUUGCUGGAGAGUGCUGCCUGGCGUGCGUCUCUCAUCAACCCUUGUUCCUGCCUUGAUGGGCUUUCCGGACAAACAAACGGCAUACCAUGCUGUGUGAAUUGUUGCGAUGUCAUUACGAUUCUCUGCUGAGCUUUGCAGGGCAUGGCUCCCCAAGUUUAUUCUCGUUUUUUUUUUUUCCUCCGAAUGCCCUCGUGUAUGAAGUCAUUAUUACAGUGCGCAUAUUGCUGCGUAUGUCCCUCACCCCGACCAGAACACAGCUUUGCCAAUAGUACCCAUGAUGAUGCAUGACUUGUGCAAGCUUUGAUAACGAAUUGUGUUGUCAUAACAAAGUGGCUUUCUUUUUUUAAUUGCAUUUAUUGCUGCUCAAUCGCAAAGGCUAACACGGAAGUGUCGGGCUUUCUGGCUUAACUCAGUUUUAGAAAUGACUCUGAAACGACUCAACUUUAACUAGCCCUGCAUUUAUAAGCCGACAGUGGACCAACCCUACUGAAAAAAAAUAUAUAUAUAUUUGCGCGCAUUCUCAUAACUCCUGUGUCUUCUGCACUAUUUAUACGGAAAACAUGUUGUGUUCAUAGAGUGCUGUCAUUUACGUGUGGGUAAUACAAAGAAUGUGGAAUUAUGAGAAUCCGUACGAAACUUUUCAGUAGGGAAUGCAGGCAAUAUUUCUCAGCUUUUCGGCUUUCCAGGCUAGCUGCUUGUUUUGAAAAAUGGCUAUCAGAUUUGUAGACUUCUAUUUCUUGUCAGGUUUGUAACCCAGAGUGAUGAGUGUAACUAUAGUGCCAACCAUCAUAAAUGUCGUACAUGAAAAGCUGGGACGACAAAGUAAUACCUCUGUUUUACUCUCAAAGGCAGUGAGACACGGCACGUCAUAGCCAUUGUACAAUGCUGUAGAAUGCUGAAACCAUUACCAAAGCCAUGAUAUUGUUGUUUGAAAGUGCGCUCCUACUGUAUGCAAUCCGGAGAGUUGCAAGAGCGCUUUGAAUUUAAGGCAAGUGGUUUGUCGUAAGUGUCCUGCAUCAAACUUUGCACCUAUGUACCAACGAGUGGCAGUUUCUUGGCGAAAGCCGUGAACAAAUCUUUAUCGCUGUCUCGGUCGCAGCCUCACUUUGUUCUCGUUUGUUGCUGCGACACCUUCAUCACCUCGAGCACUGUCGUACCUUACCAGUACAUUUACCAAGUUGCUAAUCUGGAUGUUGCAAAACGAGUUAUUGUAAACAGAGUAUUGCAAGAAUGAUGUGGCAUAAAUGCAUGUGCAUAAAUGUUCUCACAACUUAACAGUUGGCUUGCGAAGCGUUUCGUCUCAUCGAAGAUUGUGCGAGUGGCUCAUUUGUUACAUUACUGUACGCAGGCGUUAAUUGUGGCUGGUAGUGUGGUAUCGGUUGUGUGCUUAUAAUUGUGCUUAUAAGUUGUAAUGUUUAAGUUGCAGCUAAACACUGAUGACAGAUGUGGAGUCCGUGUUCCUACAUCGUGCGAUGUGCUCCGCUAAAGCAAAGGGGAUGUGUACUCUGUUGCGUCUGGCGUGCUGUACCUCUGAGGCCGUGGGGUAUGUCUAGCUCCCUUGGCUAGCGUACAUGGCAUGGCUGCUGAGAGAUAACUGCACUCCCUCUUUUCUUGGCAAGUACAUCAUAGACAUGGUGCUAAUGAAACUUUGCGUUGCAUUGGAUUUUGAAAGCUGGCCUUGUUGCCGAAAUUCAUUCUGGAAAGCUCCUUGAUCUUCAGCCACAGUGAUGUGUGUUCGUGUGUUUGUGUAUGUGUGUGUUAUCUCUGCAGUCUCUUGCUGCGUUGUGCACCUUGUGUAAGGCAAAGUUCCAAAGUUUGUGUCACGAUAAGGCGUGUACCAUUUGUUUGUACACUUGUACUUACGCUUUUGAAGUUCAGGCUGCUGCAUGUCGCUGCUGAUUCAUUGUUUAUUCAUUUGAGAGUUUGAGACUACUGUGCGCUUUCUGCUCCGACUUGAGUAGCCCAUUUGUGCCUGUUUUUUUUGUUUUGUUUUGUUUUAUUUCAUGAGGGAAGCUCUAUAAAAGACUGCCUUCUAACCCACUCUGCGACAUACCUUUUACGUAUUUGCUAAUGCUGUAUUUAAGGUGAUUUAAAAGCUCUUGUAGUAUUUUGUGAGGUGAGCUUAUGUUGCAGCUUUUAACUGAAAACAUUCACUAGUGUUCCGGGCCUGCAAUUUCCAACAUUUGUGGUGCCUCGAGCUCCGGGCCUGUACGUCGUAAAGUUCCACUUCAUUUACCAUUCUUUCUUAUCAGGCAUCGUGGCGAGUGGCCUAUCCCAGUCAUAACAGUGGUAUGCUGGCUUCGGAGUCACAUGGGAGCCAACAAUAAGCAAAAAGAAUGAAAUGAUUGAUAGAAAUUACGAAUCCUGGCUUCAUGUUUGAAUGAUCUCUCUUCUGCAUUUUCUUUAGUCUUAUCACUUGUCUUGUUUCUAUCUAUAUAUUUAUUUUAUUUCUUGCAUUUCGAGCUAACUUUGCAAGCAGUGUUGAGAGAGGCAACCAAAAUAUUGGUGACAGCUAUACCAUUAUCGAGGUUUGGGCCUUUCACGAACCACUUUGUUAAUAAGACAGUGUCAAGGUACUAGCGUGCACAUUAAUCCGUUUACAAGUUAUUGUGCAUGCUAUAAUUGGCACCUAUUUUAGGGGGCUACGGUUGCAUGUGUGUCUACCUGUGUAAGAUGAUUCCAGAAUAUUUGUAGGUUCUGGUUGGAGACCUUGAAGACCAUUGCAUAUUGCGUCGUGUUCCAAAAAAAAAAAAAAAUACCGUUGAUGGAUGUGAUACUGCAUUCGUCAUGCUCGGUAAUCUGUUGCCUCAAAUGGAUGGUCUUUCUUAAAAAACCUGCCUGUGAAAUGUGUUAAGUGUGUUGGCCCGUUUGAACAGGUGUCUAGAAUUCUUUGCUGCAGAGUUUUGUUUUUCGAAGUCCAGGAAACACUGGCAUUACGGGGUAUGCUUGCAGUCGCGGUGUGCGCUUGCACUGCUGCUUUCAAAUUGGCUUUUCUACCGUCAACUCUGGUUCUUGGCAUCUAAUAGCUGCUGCCUCGCUUGACAAGUGUUAUGAUUCAUGUUUUGUCAAUUCUGACAAUUGUGGUGCAACUUAAGAAACAUAACGAGCAAUGUGGUUCUACAGCACAGCUUGGCCUUUUUGUAGUCAUUUAGCUUGAUGACUCAUUAGCCUUUAAGGGGCACUGAUGUUAUACGUUUGAGUUGUAAUUUUUUGUGUGCAUGUCAAUUGGAAGUCAAAACUCCCUAAACUCGAUCAGAGGCCUUUUGACCUUGCUCUCACACACGCAGAGAACCCACUGCCUUUACUUUCAUUCGCAAUACAGGUGCUGUAGCCUAAAUGGUAGACUUGUUAUAAUUACGAUAUGGAAAAUUCAGGAUUCUAGUCGUAUAAAAGAAAUCUCAAACCAUUGGUUAGCUUGCUAUGUUCUCAAUGCAUUUGGCACUUGCUAUACUGAACCUUGGCUUUCAGUCCAUUUUUGAUAGGCAACAGCAUUUUAACGUUCAGUACUCGGGAGAAUGCAUUACUUCGUUUUUUUUUUAGUCAUAGUAGGCUGAAAUGUUCGCUAGGCUCGAGGCAGUUGAAAUAUGAAAGAGUGCACUGCGAAAAAAAGGCAGCAGAAUGGGGAGAAAGGGGAUUUAUUUUAGGGAUAGGAGGGAGCAGAGGUUUUAAACAAGAUUGCCAACUAAACAAGGAGCUAUGUCAACUUAAGGCAUUACUCUGGAAUGCAGUGCAGUGCUUUGGGCUUUACUGGUGGCUUUAUACCUAAAUUUGUCCCUCGUUAAUUUCAUCUUCAACUUAGUGUGAUACUGCCUGCAAAAUUUGCAGGGUUAGUUAUGUUUUCUUUUUCUUGUUAUUGCAUUUUGUCUUUGUUUAUUUUUAUUUUCGGAUUUCAAUUUUUCUUCGAUAAUACUGUAUUUGCAUCUCAGAAAAGUUCAAUUGUGAUGCAAUUACAAAAUCCAUUUGUCUUAGCUCAGACCUUGAAUGCAUGUGCUGCAUGUACACCUCUGUUUUAAUAUUGAUUACGUUAGCAUGCAUUUGUGGGGCAUGACUUGUGAAUUGUGAAAACAGAUAUUUCUUGUGCUGUGCUAAACGCAGACACAUCAUCUCCAAAAUUCGUAGAUAGUGUAAACACAACAAAGCUUCACUGUUAUUUAGAAUACAGUGGAAGGUCGUGGCACAGGGUAAAUUCCACUGGAUUUAAUGAUUGCUUGCAAUAAGCAAUGCACCAGCACAAAGUUGAGUGGUACUUGGUUGUACCAAAAUUGAAGAAGUUUAUGAAAAAAAUUCUUAGAUGUUAAUGUGCUGUGGAUAGGAGUGAUUUAAGAGAGAAUAUGAAUGAUUUAAUAAGACAGAAGUUGUGCGUGAGAAGGCAUUAGCUGUAUGUUGUUGUGGCCUGUCUUUUACUGUGUAGACUUGCACUGUCACCAUUUCGGCAAGCACGCAACUUUACGGGGGCGUACAGGAUUUCAGUAGCUUUGACCCUUUAACUGGCGAGAUAGGAGUUAGCGUAUGCAUAAUUUUUUUUUUAUCAUUGGUUUCUUUUUGCUUUAUUUGUCACAGGUGAAAAUGAAACAAGUUUGAAAACACUUGAAAGCCAACUAAGGAGUGAGAGAACGUUAAUUUUUGGUUGAUUUUCCGGUUCAAAAAGGCGAGAGCUGGACAGUUGGCCUCAAAAGUUUCUGGGACAGGAGUUUCAGGACAAAUGUAAAUUUCACCUCCGUUAAGGCACGAAUCUUGUAAUUCAAUGGAUAAAUGUGUAGGUAGCAGCUGCUGCAGUAUAGGUAGUUGUUGCUGUGCAUAGCUAGUACUACACAUUGAAGCUUUUGAAAUCAAGGCUAUGUGCCCAAGCAUCAUGGGAGUGUACCUUUUAUUCAAAUAUUAUCUCCUGUAAACUUUUGUGGUCGACUGUACAUCAAAAAAAAUUGCUCUCAUUUUCUGUUUGCUAAAGGACAUAUUUACUGUGACAGAGACGAAUGCGCAGUAAGGAACUGCCCAUGUCACUGUUUAUGUUGCUAACACUGUGUGUUUGUUGGCAUUGGAAGUUAACGGGGCACAGCAUCUCUGAAAAAGAUUGAUAACCAUGCAGCCUUGGGUAUGGUGGUGUGGAACUGAGCGGUUACAGUUCACCGUAGCACUUGUGACCGACCCAGUGUUCGGCUCAUUAGAGGCUGCAAGCCCGAAAUUGAGCUGAAAUCGAGUCUUUUUCACGGAUACCGUGCCCCAUAAACUUUCGAUUCUAGCUGUAUGCGUACUUAGAAAAGCAAAAUUUGCAUGUCUUCUUGCGUGAACAUUUGCUUCUGUAAAGCUAGAACACAGCUAACCUAGCACGACGAAGGCCACAUACCACAAUCAUUGUACGCCUUGUGUAAUGGCUCGACUUCGGCAAUGGCUUCAGUGCAAGCUACAUGACCAAGGGAAACUAAAUGCAGAGGCACUGCUUUAAAGAUUUUGGGAAUUUGUGUUUGGUCAGCAUUUUUUUACUGUCUACAAUAUGGCUAAAAUGCCCAAGAAAGCAUAGUUUUCAUGUGUAUUUGUGGGAAUAGUGACCACAAGCAUAGGCAUGUGCGUUUAUGGGAAUAGUUAGACCAUAUGCAUUGCUGCAACAUUCACAUCAAGAGGAAAUAAUUGUCAGGAGUAUGGAAUGGCUUGCAAGAAACUGCCUUGCUCACUGUUGCACAUGUGUGUGUGCCUAAUGAAAAUGGUGGUUUCUUUCAAAAUUGUUCAUGUUUCAUCGCUACACUUUGUGUUGCGCGCAUUUGGUUAGUGUGCUGUUGAAUUCCAGCAGCUCACAUGUUGUUACGGUGCCGGCGUGUACCACAAGUUUUCUCAUCGUCAUUUUCACCUGGUUGUGCAACUUGUGUAUGGUUGGUGCGUGAAAUCUGGCAGCAGAGCUUACGCUGUCGGCUCUCACUGUGUCUCAGCGGAAACUGCACAAGCUCACAUUCGAAACAUCCUUUUCUUUUGUACCCAUCUGUCGUGCAACUGCUACUGUUGCAAUCCUAGCCAGCUUGCUCUGUGUCCACAUUACACGGGCACAAAGAAUAAAAUUAACGGGACACUCAGGGGACACAUUGGAGAGUUUCAAUGCGCUGCUGUUGCUCUAUGGAGAGUUUUAGUGCACUGCUGUCGCUCUAGUACUGCUGCUAUCACAUUAGCCACCUGCACUAGCAUAGCACAUACUAGCUCAGCCAUGCCAGGGGUAUGCAUAAUGUGGCAUAACUCUUGCAUGCAAAGAUGGCAGGUGGCCAAAGUUGUAGUUGUAAUGAUAGCAGCUAGCUAAAACUUCUCUUGUGUCAGUUUAAGCUGGUAAAUUAUUCUUUGAAAUGGUUAUUUGCAUUUCUAUGGUGGAAAGCGGUUUAUUCUUUAGCAGACAGAAUGAUAACCAAGCUUCCCUUUAUCAAACUUGUGAGAUGAGUCACCGAGCCCACAUCAUCAAAUGGGCAUCAUGGAUUUCAUGGAAUUUUUGUGUACUAUGUGGGCCAUGGGCCAAUUUUACACAGGGGAAGUUCUUACACUUGCAAAGUUAUUUAUAUAGAAUACAAUCUAAUCAUCCUUUGUUGAUAAAAAAUAAACUAAUGCUGAGUAGGCCCUGUCAGGAUGUGUGAACUUCAAGGUGGUGCCAGCACCCGUCUUUCUUGCACAUUUCUUGUUUUUGUUUUUUUAACUACAAGCUUUCACUCUUGUGUUCGAUCCAUAAAGCUCAACUUGGUUACCCUGUUCAGUGUCCCUUUAACAACUGUUGUGCCGUUGCACUUCUGCUGCAUAUUGCGUAUAUGUUGUUUCGGUGGGUGGCAUUGCAUCGUCUGCUUCGAUGCAUCGUAUAGAUUGCUUAGCCCACUCGCGAUUUUCUCCCUCUUUACAUGCACCUGUAUAGCCAAACGGUUUUUGUUCCCGAGUUCGGCAAAGAGCCUUCAAGCAGCAGUGUGAGCAGUGUAUGUUGGUACGACUUCACCAGUCAUUUCGGUUUUAAUGUGUGUAUGCAUGCGUGUUGUUUGUACAUGUGUGAACCAUUAUUGUACAAAGGUGUAAUAUAUUCCAGAGACCAUAUGCAAAUACCUUCCGCCAAGCAUCAAAGAAUGAAUUGAAGCCUAUAGAGUCAGAGCAGAACGUUAUUUUAUGCCUAUAAUAGCGAAAGGAAAACUAUACUCAAGUGAACAUUUCAAAGUCGAAACCCCCCCGCCCCCCCUCUAGUGCUGUGUAAGGUGGUGGCGUGUUGUUCCGUGCGUGCGUGUUUCCCAGUUUCUGCUUGGUGGGGCAUGGAGACAUGGUUGUUAGGUAUGUGUGGUUGUCAAGGUGGUUUGCAGUAUACCACAUAAUGGUGUGGGGUGCAUUUAUAUCUGAAGUGCGUGAAUAUCAAAUCUCCACUGUUUCAUGUGUCGCCAGUUCAUAGUUUUUCUUGCAGACCAAUUUGUGUUCUCAGUCGGUGUGGCAUGAGAAUUGCCACGCUCUGUGACACCAAAAAAUGAAUGAGCACUCCGUCUAUAUCUGAAGUGUGAGCUUCUCAUCUGUGCUUUUUCAAAGCCUCCGGUUUGCAGUUGUUCUGAAUCGGUAUAAUUCAUUUUAAAAGGAUUGACAAUAUUGUCACGCCAUGUGACGCACUGAAGAAAUCAAUGUUCACUUUGUUGGCCUAACAAACUGCACUGAUUAGCUCAUGAGGAUGCUUGAACGGUGUUCUUGCGUAAAAGUGAUCAUUAAAGCCUUUAGGUACUGGCCUCGUAUAAUAAAUAAAUUAAUAAAAGGAAAAAAGGAAAUGAUAGAGGUAGUAGCACUGGGUAGAUCAUUUCCUGGCAGUGCAACCUCAAGGCUGUGCUUUUGGUACAGUUUGGUUUAACCUUGCUCAUCCCCUGUCAAAGCAGGAACUGGAAACACGCUGCCUCCAAAUACAGAUUUAAACAGUGCAGGAUAAUAUAUAGCGUAACUAUUUUGACUAUUUUUUGAUGACGUGAACUUAGAUGUUUAUUUUAGUAUUAUCCACAUUUAGACAAACCAUAAUAGCCCCUUCCUGUAAAGCGUUUUUUUUUUUACUGAUGUGGAAGCUGUUUUUCUGUUGCAAUAAAUUCAUGAGAGCUUUAAAUUUAUAGGCUCACCAUCCCUUCACAGCAAGAAAAAGAAAAAAAAAAACAUUGCAUCAUCACAUUGGUUGUUUCGUGCAAACUGUAUUUCAUCUGUUUUGCCUGUUUGAAUUGUGAUGUAAGGGGCUGUUUGUGGAAUACUGUGCUUGUUUGUAGCAAGCAGAAUGAGAGAGAAAAGGAGGAGUUGAUUUUGUUAAGUGUGUAUAAUUAAGUAUUGGUCAAAAAAAUAAGAAAGAUGUUUGGUCAAUGCAAUAAAUAUGUAAUAAUAAAAAAAAUGCUCUGUCGUUUA